GAAUAAAAAUAAUAAUCAAUGUUUAUCACUAUUAUUUAGAAUUUGUCAUUUACCGCGUAAAUACAAGACGUAUACUAGAUGGGCAUCAGACAAUGGUAGAGACUAUAGAGAAGCCAGCCCCUUUAUAUUAUCAAUUAUGAUAAUCGGUUCUUCAUGGGCAUUGGACGUGCGCUGUGCGAUAUUCUACUUUUUGUGCAACAGGUCGCGACACGGUCGAACACAACGGUGAUAAUGGUGAUAGCCGAUAGGUGACAAUUACGAUUUAUGACACGAGUACACGACAACGCUCGACCGUGCGAUGUCACUUGUCACUAUUGACUAUUAGGUGUCAUUUAGAGUAUUGGAGGUGGUCCAAAGUAACUUGUCUUCGUCGUCUGUUGUCUGAUUGCGUUAAGCACCUUAAGUUUCAGAGGGACUGUGAGUGUUCAUCAGGUUUCUCGGAAUGGACAAAGUCGAAAUUGCUACCAAAAAGUCUUCCAAUUUGGGAACUUUAUGGGAUUUUAUCCUUAUAGAAUUUAAUCGCGGAUAUUCUUUAGAAAAUGAUGAAAAAGAAUUUUCAGAUAGGAGAGAAAAAGUUUAUACUUUCAUGAAAGUACCCUUAGAAGUAGAACGAUUUAUCUUCUAUGGCAUUUGUCAGUGUGCAGAUUCAUUCCUGUUUGUUUAUACAUUUUUACCAUUGCGAGUAUUUGUAGCAUUAAAAUCAUUGAUUUGUAGUUCCUUAUCAAAAUUUAAGGACAAACAUAAUAAAAUUCAAUUAACUGCUGCGGAGAUUUGUGACUUACUAAAGAUGGCUGUACUAAUAAUAUGUUUUAUGAUGUUAGUACCAUUGGAUACGUCAAUGAUAUAUCAUUUAAUUAAAAGGCAAUCGGUUAUUAAGUUGUAUAUAUUUUUUAACAUGUUAGAGGUUGGAGACAGGUUAUUAUCACCAUUUGGCCAAGACAUUUUGGAUGCAUUAUAUUGGACCGCUACUGAACCUAAUACUAGUCAGCGUAAACAUUUUGGUGUCUUACUACAUUUUAUUAUUGCUGUGUUAUAUGUCUUGUUACAUAGUAUACUUGUAUUAUGUCAAACUACCAUAUUGAACGUUGCUAUUAAUUCAAGGCACAAGGCAUUACUACCUAUCAUGAUGUCCAAUAAUUUUAUAGAAUUUAAUGGAAACGUGUUUAAAAAAUUCAAUAAAAAAACUUUGUUCGAAUUAUCAUGCAGUGAUGUCCGUGAACGAUUUCAUCUAUUCAUAUUAUUGUUAAUGGUUGUAGUGCAGACAAUUAAAGAAUAUAAAUGGACUAGUGUGUUUACAGAAUCAUUUUGCGAGUUAAUGCUCAACUGCAUGUAUAUUUUGGUAUUGGAAAUGAUAAUUGAUUGGUUGAAACAUGCGUUCAUCACUAAGUUUAAUGAAAUAAAUUUGUCAGUCUACAAUGACUUUAUAUUGGACUUUGCUAAUGACACUGUACAAUCAUAUUAUAAAAAAGCAUUCAGUGAUCACUCGGAUUUAAUUGCAAGACGAAUGGGUUUAAUCCCAAUUCCACUCGGAGUAGUUAUAACUAAGGUUUUAACUAGAUGUGUGCCUUUUGAUGAACUAUUAAUGUCUAUAAUUAUUUUAUUGUCUAUAUUUACUUGUCUAUUCACAUUGAAAAUUGUUAAUCUUGUAUAUAUAUUAGGAACAGCCUCUAAGUUGAUAGACCUUCACAAAACGCCUUUGUUAAAAAAUAAUUUCAUCAUGAAUGACAUAGUGAAUACUACAAUAAGACCACAAAACAAAGACAAUAAACCUUCGCUAUUGGUUGAAGUGCCGCCAUUGGAACAUUUACCAAUUAUUAUGAAUAGUAAUGUAGAUAUACAGGACUCAUGCCUUGAUACACAAGUAAUAGAAGACAUUAAGAAAUCAGAUUUGUCACUCAGCGAUUCAAACUUAACCAUGGCACUUAAUCCUAAUAUAUUAAGUACAAAAUGAAGUUGAACAAUCAUUGAAAUAUAUAAGGUGAUUUUUUUAUUGAAAUACACUCAUUAUUUCAAAAUCUAUUAAUGUUUUCAAAAAUAUUUUUUCUUUCAUUAUCUUUAAAUAAAAUAAAAAAUUUUUUAAACAAAAUUAUACAUUUUGAAGUUGUUACUUUUUUCAUUGACGACACAUUUUUAAUUCCAUAAUCUGAAACAGAAUAUUUUCCAGAGUAUAUCAAUAGGUUAUAUAAUAUAUAUAUAGAUUGAAAUUCAGAUGAGUUGUUAAUGAGUAAUAAGUAUUUAAAGUUUAAGAGAGUGUAUUGGAGAGGUAUGGGAAUACCCUGUAAAAUAUUGGUUUAUUAUUAUACUUACCUAUUUUUAAAAAAUAAAUUAUAUUAUGACUCAUAACUACUUGUCCGAAUUUCGAUUUUUAUGUAAUGAAAUAUAACAAAAAAUAAUCUCCUACAGAAUUAAAAAUUAAAAAUGUGUAUAAAUAAAAUUUAACAUUCAAUAAAGUAAAGACUAACAAAAUAUAUUUUUUUUAAAUGUUAUUUUAUUUUGACUAAAAAUUAUGUAAAACAAUUUUUUUCUUUACU